AUGCCAAUUGUGAAGAGGGAUAAAGCGAAGAGUCAAGCUGAACAUUUGCAUCAGCCUGACAAAUCGGAGAAUGACAAGAGGGAAUAUAGAGCCAUCAGAUUGCCAAACAGUUUAGAAAUUUUGCUAAUAUCCGAUGAAAAUUUAACAACAUCUUUUUCCCGAGAAAAAAAGGCAGCGUGUAGCUUAUGCGUGGACGUAGGAAAUUUCAGCGAUCCACCAGAAUUUCCGGGCAUAUCAUAUUUCUUAGCCUUUGAAUAUAUGUUUUUUCGAAAACUCGAAGAGGUACUAAAACAUGAUGCAAAAAUUUAUCAAAAUUUUAUUCAUGACCAUGAUGGCACUACUCAUGUCUCGGUGGAAAACGAACAUACAAUAUAUUACUUUAAUAUCAAAGAAAACAACUUGCUUUUAGCUCUCCAUAAGUUUGGUCUUUUUUUUAUUAAUCCUAUAAUGCCAAAACAUAUAUUUAUGGAGCAACUAGAUGCCAUAAAAAAUCAAUUUCAGGUAAGUUUAUUUAAUGGCAAGUCGAGAUACGAACAACUAUUUUCCUCAUUCGCACAAAUUGGUCAUCCAGCCAACAUGUUUUCUGUGGACCAUUUAAUAAAAUUGCGUAAUAAUAUAGAUUGCGAUAAAUUGUAUAAGAUGCUGGAUAGAUUUAAAAAGCGCCACUAUAGCGCUCACAGAAUGAAGCUAGCAAUACGGUCGAGACUAUCGUUGGAUACAAUGGAAAAAUUUGUCAAAGCGUACUUUGCUCGUAUACCAAACAAUCUAAUGCCUCCAGAUAAUUUUUUCAAAUUUAAAAACGAUUUCCCUUUUGAUACACCCGCUUUCCGAAAAAUGUAUAAAGUUCAUGAUGAUACAGAACAUGUGACACGACUGCAAAUAACAUGGGCUUUGCCUUCGUUUUCUGAUUUUUAUAAAUGUAAUUCAUAUCAAUAUAUCUCAUGGAGUAUUGGAUAUAAAGGAAAAGGUUCCUUAAUUAGUUAUCUACGAAAAAAAAUGUGGAGUCCUACAUCAGACAAUAGCAUGUUCAAUUGUGAGAGUCAACAAAACUCUUUGUACAGCUUAAUACAACUCACCAUAGCACUCACUUCUAAAGGACGAAAACAUCUGGAAGAUGUUUUAGAUGCAAUAUUUUCUUUUAUCAAUUUACUGAAGACAGCAGGUCCGCAAAAAGAAAUUUACAAUGACUUUUGUAAGAUUAGACAAAAUACUUUUAGAUAUAUUAAUUACGACAAAGAAGAUAUCUCUGAAGUAGAACUAUUCUGUAAGAAUAUGCAUUUCUAUCCGCCGAAGGCUUAUAUAACUGUAAACCAGCUUGAUUCGAAUUAUAAUGCAAAAGUUAUACAAAAAUAUUUGAAUUAUUUGGCACCUGAGAUGGCAAAUAUUAUGAUUUUUUCAAAGGAUUUUAAUUGUUUCGAAUUAAAGAAAGUUGAACCAUGGUGGCAAACGGCAUAUACGGAUAUUGAGAUACCGAAAGUGUGGAUCGAACGUUGGAAAGUCAUCGAGCCAUUACCAGAAUUUCAUUUACCAUCAUCGAAUAUAUUCCUUAUCAACAAUUUUCAUCUAUUAAAGACGACAUCAAACGAAAAAAUUGAGAAAUAUCCUGUGAAAUUAUAUAAUAAUUCUAUAUCGGAGCUUUGGUAUCACCCGGAUUUUAAGUUUUGUUUGCCGAAAUGUUGUAUGCAUUUCUAUUUUAUUUCCCCUUUAAAACUUCAAUCGUUGAAGAAUGGAGUUCUCAUGGAUAUGUACUGCAAACUACUGGAACAGCUAUUAGCCGAAGAAUUAUAUCCAGCUCUACAGGUUGGGUUUAAAUAUGACAUCAGUGUCAAUAGAAAUGGUUUUACACUAAAAAUAAGAGGUUUUAAUGAAACUCUGCCACUUUUAGCGGUUUUUUUUGCACAUGGCAUGGUGCAGUAUUCAAGCCUAAUUACGAAGGACAUAUUUGAAAGUACCAAAAUUCAACAAAUUCAGACAUAUUACGACUCAGUUAGAACAUCUAAGAUUUUCAUUAGCGACAUGGCAUUAUCGAUAUUGAAACUCGUCCAUCAUUCACUAAUUGAUAUGCACACCGCUCUACAAAAUAUCACUUUGAAAGACUUUCAAGACUUUGUGAAAUCCUUUACCAAUUGUCUAUACAUUCAAUGUCUCGUGCAAGGAAAUAUAACGCCGGCUACUGCGAUCAAGACUGUACAGCAAUUUAUUAAAAUAAUUAAUUGUAAACCUUUACAUCCAGAUACGAUACAACAAUUUAAAGGCACUAGGAUACCUUUGGGUAUAAGCUAUUACAAAAUUAAAAAUAUCAACAGAUUAGAUGCAAUUUCCAUGAUAUCAAAUUAUUAUCAAAUUGACGUUACCACGAUUGAAUUAUCGACAUUAAUUAAUCUGAUAAGCUAUAUAAUGACUCAUAAAUUACACGAGGGUCUACGCACUGAUAAGUUUAUAUAUAUCACAGUCGACGUUAGAGACAUUGACGAAAUUCUAGGAUAUUCCAUUACUGUUUGCAUUCACGCAGAUAAAUGCACAACUGAAUACGUUGAUAAGAAAAUCGACGAUUUUUUGAGAUGGUUUAAAAACGAUUUGGAAAAGCUCACAGAAGAGGAAUUGGAUCUUUACAAAGAAAUGUUCCUAAAAUCUAGAUCACAUGACGAUGCCAAUCUUGAAGAGGAAGUUGAAAGAAAUUGGAAGGUGAUUGUUAAACGUACUUACAUAUUUGAUUUUCACGAGCAGGAAAUACUUGCUCUAAAAAAAAUAAAUGUUAAUAAGCUGAGGGAAUGGCUUGCAGACCACAUAUCGAAUGAAAGUAAUUUUAGAAAAUUGAGUUUACAUAUUGUAGCAUCUAUUCCCAAAAAAGCGAAAUAUGUUCAUUUGGAAUACAUAAAUGAUGAUCUUCAACAGUACAAGCCAAAUAAAAAUCAUUAUAUUACUAAAGUAAAAGAUUAUAAGAAAAAUCUCUUUAUGUUUCCAACUAAAUGUUCGAACAAAUCCUCUCAGAGCACAGAAUAUGUAACACAUAUUAACGAUUUAAUAGUAUAA